AUGGAUUAUGUUGAACUGGUCCAAGUUGUGGAUAUCAAGGCGGAUGCAAUUGCCAAGGCCUUUUUGCGAGAUAUUGUUUGUCGCCAUGGUGCCCCCCAAUUUCUGCACUCAGAUAGGGGAGCCAAUUUUCUUUCAAGCAUAGUGAAGGCUACGUGUCAACUUAUGAACACAAAGAAGACACGAACGACAUCUUACCAUCUGCAAUGUAACGGGCAAACAGAACGGUGUAUGUCCUUUAUUCUGGCAUCUCUCUCAAAGCAAUUAGAUAGGGUCCACAAUGUGUGGGACCGAUACCUCCACUUCACCCAAUUUGCUCACAAUACCAGUUCAUGCUUGGACAGUACCACAUAUACCCCGGCCUUUCUGGUAUAUGGCAGACAUUUACGCACACCCAUCGAUCAUGAAUUACCUGUGCUACAUGAUGUCCCUAAAUCGGCACAACAGUAUGUUGCUGAACUAAUUCCUAUAAUGGAAACAACUAGACGAGAGGCAGAGUUGACAUUGAUCAGCCGCAAGACGGCAAUGUAA